CCAGAUAAGAAUUGCACGACUGAAAAUAUCUAAAAUUAUUUUUUUUAAUGAAGAUAUAACGCUAACUAUACCAUUGAGAUAAACACAGCUAAUAAGUUCUUGAUAUUGAACAUAUUUAAAAGUGAACCAUGGAUGCUCGAAUAUAAGCUGAACAGGAUGCGAAAGUGAAUUAGGUUAGGAUUCGAUAAAGAAAACUUUAGCGAUCUCGGUUUCAUUCUACGAUAACAGAAAAGUGUAUUAAGGAAAACCAUGUCAGACAGUUCUGACGACGAAUUAAAUUGUGAUCACGAGAAAACAUCGUGGAUUUUGUAUAAAGAUCGCGAAGAGUGGAGUGACGUGACUCCUUUACCCCAAGAUGAUGGUCCUCAUCCUGUUGUGUCGAUUGCAUAUUCCGAAAAGUUUAAGGAUGCCUAUGAUUAUUUCCGUGCCAUUCUAAAGUCAGGUGAAAGGUCAGAACGUGCGUUAGCUUUAACAGAAGCCUGUAUAUGGCUUAAUCCAGCCAAUUAUACUGUCUGGCAAUACAGAAGAGAAAUACUUAAAGCUCUGGCGAAAGAUUUAUACGAGGAACUAAAAUAUACAGAUCGGAUGAUAAAAUACAAUUCUAAAAAUUACCAAGUUUGGCAUCACAGAAAGAUUAUUGUCGAAUGGCUGCAAGAUCCUAGCGAAGAGCUAGCAUUCAUAGAAACUGUUCUAUGUAAAGAUGCAAAGAAUUAUCAUGCUUGGCAACAUCGUCAGUGGUGCAUACAAACUUUCAAUUUAUAUGACAAGGAGUUGGAAUAUGUGGAACAAUUGUUAAAUGACGAUGUCCGCAAUAAUUCUGCUUGGAAUCAGCGUUAUUUUGUAAUAAACAAUACGACAAAGUUCGAGCAAGAAGUGAUAGAUAGAGAAGUUGAUUUUGCACUGGAGAAGAUUGAGUUAGAAAAAGGAAAUGAGAGCGCCUGGAACUACCUAAGAGGAAUAUUGUUACAUCAUAGUAAAGGCUUAGGUUAUAAUGAAAAAGUGAGACAUAAAUGUGAAGAAAUGUAUAAGCAAGGGUGUCGCACUAAUCAUUUGUUAGCCUGUAUGAUUGAUAUUUGUCAAGAAAGAGAUCCAACUGAUGAAACCCCAUCCCCUUUGUUUGACAUUAAUUUUGCAUAUGAGCUGUGCAAGGAUUUAGCAAAGAAAUAUGAUACAAUAAGAUGGCGAUAUUGGGAUUACAUGGCUAGCCAGCUACUGUUGAAAUUGAAAACAGAAUCUUCAGAUUAAGAAUUACAAUAAUUCUAUAGUGUAAAUUGUUCGAAAAAUUUUAGAUAAUGUUUUACAUAUUAAUCUAUACGAUUGAUGCAUUUUUGACCUCUUUUUCCUACAAGUAUGUAUUUGUAUAACUACAAAAGUCCACAAUUUACAUUUCUUUAUACAUAACAAAAGAAAUUACUGCAUUUAUGAUUUAAAAAUAUAUAACUAGAAUUUAUUAAUUAAGUUCCGGGAUCAAGCAAAAUUUGUUUCGGGAUUAUUAUUCUACAUAAAAAGUCAUCAUAUUAAUAUUGAUAUUUUAAAUAAAAUAAUCUCUAUUAUUACCAUGCA